AUGGACAACCAAGAGUUUUACAAGGCGUUUUUCAGAGGAGGUAUGACUGUUCAAACUCCAGCGAGUAUAGCGCAGAAUGUAAACAUGGAGAACGAGCUAGGAACCAUGCAAAAAUCAUCGAAACUGCUCAACAUUGAAGAGUAUUCGGGGUGGCAAGAUAGAUUUCGCACGUGGGUUCAGGCGAAUCACCUCGAAUGUUGGCUGAAAGUUGAAACAAAAUAUGUAAUUCCUACGAAUGAAGCUGGUCUUCCGAAAACACUUAACAAGUUAACUCCAGCUGAAGCAGAAAGUUUUAAAGCCGAGAAGAAGAUGGUCAGCAUAUUGCAACAGGCAAUUAAGGAAGAUAUUUUGGUACUGUUACAACAUCAGAAUGACACACAAUCUAUUUGGAAUGCUCUUAAACUCAAAUUUCUUGGGAGUGCUGCAAUGAUCAAAAGCAAAAAGGCACUACUGAAAAAAGAAUUCGACAUAUUUACUGCUAUCAGUGGAGAAUCAACAAAAGAGUUAAUUGAGAGGUAUUGUCACUUGGUACUGGAGAUGAAACGUUUGAGUAUCGACAAAACAAAUGAAGAGUUGGUUGAUAAGUUGGCUAACGCACUACCACAAGAAGUGUGGGGUACGUUCUUAUUGGUUUUGAAGAACAACUUGGAAUACGUGGGUUUCAAUCUGAGUAUGUUUGUUGAGAGAAUUGAAGCUCAAGAGCUUGAAAUGCGAAAGAUGAGUAAAAUGAAAUCUGCAAACGUACAACAAGACGUUCAGCUUUACUACAAAGGAAGCUCAUCUGCCACAUCUACUCCGAGUCCAAAGAUUCAAACGGCAUUCAGUGCAGAUUCUUCAUCAGGAAUAUCUCAAAGCAUGCCUAACAACAACGUUUCACCGUUUCCAAAUUACGAACCGAAUCCUAAGGUUCAGAAUUUUCAAGAACAGGUGUCUUCUCAAAGUUCUUCAGGUUCGAACAAUCAGAGUUAUAGUCAUGGGAUACUGUGCAAUAUCGCUGUUAACAUCAAAAAUGGUCAAGAUUUUACCGAGACAGCCGCAAAGCAGCAUAUAGCAUUUCUAGCUUCUGUACUUGAGUCUUACGAAAGUCUAGUAGCCGGAAGAAUUGGAGGAGGUCUUGCAAUGAUGGCUGAAAUUGUUGAAGAAUGUAUUCCUGAAGUUGAAGAAGUCAGUGAAAUGAUGACUGAGGAAAGUUAUGCAGAACUAGAAGAGGCAGCAGCAGCGGUCUACUAUUAUCAGUCUGAACAGGAGGUUUCUUUAGUGAACCGACUAUGGAUCAUUGAUGUUGCAAAGGAAAUGAAUGAAGAGACUUUGAAAGAAAUAGCAGACAAAGCUCUUAUGGUCAAGCUGCAAGAGGUAGAACAAACUAAAACACCUUCUGAUAACAAUGGGACCAAAGAUGCAACUCAAAAGUCAGUGUCAAUUGAAAAGGAGUCAAAUGAGAAGUCCGAGUCCGAUGGGAAAUAA